AUGUAUGCAUGGGUGGUUACCUAUGCCGUAUUGAUUUUAACCAAACCGGAUAUUAUGCGUGAUAUAUUGACAUCGCCUUGUUGUACGAAUAAAAGUGUGCUCUAUAAGCCGCUUCACAAAGUUGGAAAGGGACUACUUUCGUCCAAUGAUCCCGAAUGGAGCGUUCAUAGGAAACACUUGAAUCCUGCUUUCAGCUUUAAUAUACUACAGAGUUUUAUACCGAUCUUUAAUGAAGAGGUGAAUAAGGUUGUACAGACAUUCAAAGAUAUCAAUGAAUGUGCGGAUGUGAUAAAUUUGAUGCAAGACUUGACAUUGAAUGAAACCCUACGAACCACAAUGGGAGUUAAUCUUGCCCAUGACUUUGAAAAUGGAGCCAAUAUUGAUCUAAUAAAAAGCUAUCAGUGUAUGACGAAGAAUGUAACUCAAAUGCUGCUUUCCCCAUGGUUGACUAAUGAUUUGAUUCGAAGGCUGUGGGGUAUAUACGAGCCAUUCCACUCAUGUAAAGAAGAAAAUCACAAGUUUAUUAAAAAGCUCAUAAGCAACAAAUUAAAAAGAGAUGAUGACGCUGCUAUUAUGAUGAUGCAAAGAGAAUCUAAAAACAGUAAUAUUUUCAUUGAUCAAGCCAUUGAACUUAUGAGAAAGAAUAUCUUUACUGUGAAGCAUGUGGAAGACGAAUCAGGUACAAUUAUCUUAGCGGCUAUCGAGACAUCGGCUAAUACAAUUGGAAAUGUUUUUAUUUUGAUGGCAAUGUUUCCCGAAUAUCAACACAGAGUCUACGAGGAAUUGUUGACCAUAUUUCCAGAUGGAGGAGAUUUUGAUGUGACAUAUGCGAAUAUUCAAGAUAUGACCUAUUUGGAUAUGGUUAUCAAUGAAUCUAUGCGCAUACUGACACAAAUACCUUUCGUAGCACGUGAAAAUUCACAGGAUAUUGAGUUAUCCAAUGGAAUGGUUAUACCAGCUGGAGUACAAUUGUUUCUAAAUAUUUUCACCAUGCACCGACGUAAGGAUUUGUGUGGUCCUAGAGCUGACAUGUUUGAUCCCGACCAUUUUUUGCCUUCUAACAUGGAGGGCAAGCAUCCGUUUGCAUUUAUUCCCUUUACAAAGGGAAUUCGGAACUGCAUAGGAUGGAAAUAUGGUCUGAUGUCAACAAAAGUAACUUUGGCUAAGUUAUUAAGGAACUUUAAGUUUUCCACAGAUUUUCAGUACGCCGAUUUGGAGUUCAGUUUUUCCAUUGUGCUGAAGCUGAAGCAUAUUCCAGUUUUGAGAAUUAAAAAUAGAUAA